UUUUAUUUCACAUUUCAGGCUUUUCUGUCGUUGUCGUCAGUCGUCUCCUUCCUUCUCUCUCUCGCUUACUCGCUUGCUUUCUGCAUUCCUCUUUUGUCUUCCGUGAAUGCGAAGCUUUGUAGUGUUUCUAGGAGGAUUCCGGUGACCGGAGGUACAGUCGGUGUGAGAGAGCCUAGGAUUUAUCAGUUGGUUUGGGUUGAAUUGUUCGAGAUCUUCAACUGUUUCUCGGCUCAGAUUUUGGCUUUUGUGAGGCUAAACUGUGUCCACGUGAAAGUUGUUCUCUUUUCGAUCUUUUAGACUUUAGAGGUUUCUUUUGCAGGAUUUAAGCUGCAAUUCUAUCAUCUCCAGUGGAUUUUGCCAAAAAAACGCAGUUCUUUUUCUUUCCACUUCCUUAACUGUCUUCCUCGAGAAUUGCUUCUUUUCAUCGUCUUUUCUUCUUUUCUGGAGGAAGCUUCUGCUGUGUAUCUAGCGAUUUGAGCUCUAGGUUUUCUAGUUUGCGCCGGGGUGGCGUUGGUGGUGUUGAUUAGAGAGAAAGCUUAAGCUUCAUGUAAAGUAAGAUGAAACCGUCAGGUCUUCAAGUCCUGGAUGAGCAGCUGAGAUGCUUAGUUGGUCCUGAUGCACAGCUCGUUCCUCUUCCCCCUGAUUGUUAGCUGACUACCUUUGUAGCAGGUCCUCAAGCAAUUUAGGGGAUAAUUUCUUAUUAAUGGAGAAAGACUUGUGACCUGUAUGGAUCCCCAAGCUUUUGUGAGGCUGUCAAUUGGAUCCCUGGGGCUGAGAAUCACAGCGUCAGCUGCUAAGGCAGGGCAAUCUGGAAUCCAUGCAUCCUCUUCUCCAUGUUCAUGUGAGAUACGUCUACGAGGCUUUCCUGUUCAGACUGCAUCAGUUCCGUUAAUCUCAUCCGCCGAGGCCACACCUGACCCUCAUAGCAUUGCUACAAGCUUCUAUCUUGAAGAAUCUGAUGUUAGAGCACUGUUAGCACCAGGCUGUUUCCAUCCAUCUAAUGCCUAUUUAGAGAUUGCUGUUUUUACAGGGUGGCAGGGAUUCCAUUGUGGUGUCAGCAGCAAGAAGCAGCAGAUUGGGACAUUUAAGUUGCAGGUCAGUCCUCAGUGGGGGGAAGGGAAGUCAUUGUUACUUCACCAUGGGUGGACUAGAAUUGGGAAAAACAAGCAGGCAGAUGGUAAACCAAGAGCCGAGCUGCAUCUAAGAGUGAAGUUGGAUCCAGAUCCCAGAUACGUUUUCCAGUUUGAAGAUGAGACAACACUGAGCCCCCAAAUAGUUCAACUUAGGGGAGCUGUCAAGCAGCCCAUUUUCAGUUGCAAGUUCAGUCGUGACAGGAGGGCAUCUCAGCUGGACCCGAUGAGCAAUUACUGGUCAAGCACCAGAAAUGGGAUGGACGAAGAGGCUGAGAGGAGAGAAAGGAAAGGAUGGAAGGUGAUGAUUUAUGAUCUCUCUGGCUCAGCAGUUGCUGCUGCCUUUAUGGCAACCCCCUUUGUACCAUCAACCGGCUGCGAUCGUGUUGCACGGUCCAACCCUGGGGCCUGGCUAAUUGUCCGUCCAGAUGCCUGUAUGCCCGAGAGCUGGCAACCUUGGGGCAAACUUGAAGCAUGGCGUGAGCGAGGAGGCAUUAGAGAUUCAAUAUGCUGUCGUUUUCACCUCCUCUCCGAAGGUCAGGAGGGGGGUGGCCUACUUGUCUCGGAGAAAUUGAUUAGUGCUGACAAAGGUGGGGUGUUUGUCAUAGACACAGAUAGGCAGACACCGUCGGCAACGCCAGUGCCAAGUCCAAGAAGCAGUGGGGACUUCGCAUCCCUGGCACCCAUUGUGGGGGGUUUUGUGAUGAAUUGUAGGGUGCAAGGAGAAGGGAAGAGUAGUAAGCCGUUGGUGCAACUUGCCAUGCGGCAUGUGACAUGUGUUGAGGAUGCGGCCAUCUUUAUGGCGCUCGCCGCAGCUGUCGAUCUCAGCGUCGAAGCUUGCAGGCCAUUCCGUAGGAAGUCUAAGAGGGGGACCCGCCAUCAUUUACAAUGAAAUGAAAGAGCGUUCCUUACACCGACCUCACAGACACAUCAUUGGGAACAUAUUCCGUGAAUAAUAAUAUAUACAAGAACCAGAGAUAUUCCCAAUGUACGGCUGGAACAUGAUCUGAGGAGCAGAUCCGGACUCACAUAUCUUAUAGGCUGGUUGUGUGGGUCCAGCUCAGAAAGUCAGAAGCCAUUCCACUUCAGUCCUCCCAAACAAGCAUAUUACUAUUACUGAACUAAGCUUUACUGUAAAGCCUUUUUUUUUUUUUUUUUUGGCUGAACGAGCUAUUUGAGCUUUGGUUUUUCACCAAGCAUACGGAUAUGGUUCUUAAUUUGUCAAGAAACUAAUUAAAAGGACGACAAACCAACUAGAAAUACUUCAGUUAAUAGUUAACUCUA